AUGGUGAGACUCUGCGGCGAAAAGCUGGAGAGAAACUCAGUACACGGGAAUCUGCGGACCCAGUUACUGAUCACUAAACGCUGCAAUAACUCCCAAACCUACCCCUGGAAUUGGCGAAAAAAGACGACUCUCGGGGAGCGCUCAAAAUUCCAGAAACGUUUUUCACUGUACCCCGUUACACGGGACGCCAAGCUAAACUCAAACAGCAACUUAUUGUUCCAGGUGGACACAGUGAAGAGCAUACUACAGGAGUUGAAGCUACGGGUGCUGGAGGUGACGGAUGAGACCGCUACACUAGAUGGCAGCGAUGUCUUGUUCACUGGGCGUGAGUUCUUUGUCGGGAUCUCGAAAUGGACCAAUCGCAGGGGAGCCGAAUUCGUCGCCGACGCCUUCAAGGACUUCACGGUCUCUGUAGUACAUGUCCCAGAACCUCAUCACUUGAAGAGCUUCUGUAGCAUGGGCGGUCCCAGCACCAUUGUCGUGGGAAGCAGUGAUGUCGCUCAGAAGACCAUCAAGGUAAGGCAGCUUGACUUGGGUGGACACUAAAUAGCUGGAGUAACUCCGCGGGUCAGGCAGCAUCUCUGGAGAGAAGGAAUGGGUGAUGUUUUGAGCCAAGACCCUUCUUCAGUGAGAGUCAGGGGAAAGGGAAACAAGAGACAUCAAGAGCCAAGAGUGUUUUAUUGUCAUGUGUCCCGGACGGGACAAUGAAAUUCUUACAUGCUGCAGCACAACAGAAUAUGUGAAUAUGAUUCGUAACGGGGGGAAGCAUCCAGAGAAUUGGCCUCACUCAAUAGCAAGAAUUAGGGGACCAAAACUGCACACAAUACUCCAGGUGUGGUCUCACUAGGACACUGUACCACUGAGAAAGACCUCUUCAUUAAGGAGGACACAAACAAUCUUCCUGACGUACUAGUGGCCAGUGGAUCUGUGGUGACGGAGGAACUGAAGGAAAUCCACAUCAGAAUCAGAAUCAGAUUUUAUUCGCCAAGUAUUUUUUGCAACAUACGAGGAAUUUUAUUGGCCGGGUCAGUCAUACAAUUAAAAGCAACAGAUCACUCAAAAACACAUUUGAACAUGAACAUCCACCACAGUGACUUCUCCACAUUCCUCACUGUGUUGGAAGGCGAAAUAUAGUUCAAGUCUCUUCUCUUAUGUUCUUCCUUGGUCUCCCGUUGAUGGGACGAUCUUGACUCCCGUAGCCGGUGGCGUUCGGGCCCUCUGCGUCGAGGCGAUCAGCUCCCGCAUCGGGGGGGAUGUCAGCUCCCCCGCGCCAGGCGAUCAUACCUCGUGU